AUAAGAAGGCUUCGGAGCCCUUUUUCACCGGCGCCGUCCUUCAUGAGAGCCCGGGUGGACGCGGCAGAGGAGGGGCGGAGGUGGUGCAGGGGGAGAAGAUGGAGGUGACGGAGAACGCCGUCGGCCCUGGGGGGUCUCCUCCCCCUCCUCCUUCUUCUUCUUCUUCUGCGGUGCAGGGCCACAACGUGGCGGCUCUGGUGCUGGGCGUGCUGCUCAUCGUGGUGAUCGUCGGCGGCAACGCGCUGGUGUGCGUCAGCGUGCUGACCGAGAAAGCCCUCAAGACCACCACCAACUACUUCAUCGUCAGCCUGGCGGUGUCCGACCUGCUGCUGGCCGUGCUCGUGCUGCCGCUCUUCGUCUACUCGGAGUUCCAGGACGGCGUGUGGACGCUGAGCACGGGCGUGUGCGACGGUCUGAUGAGCAUGGACGUCAUGCUGUGCACCGCCUCCAUCUUCAACCUGUGCGCCAUCAGCGUGGACAGGUUCAUCGCGGUGCUGAUCCCGCUCAACUACAACCGGAAGCACGUGGACCUGCGGCAGGCCGUCCUCCUGUCGGCCACGUGGGUCCUGGCCUUGGCGGUGGCCUCUCCCGUCAUGCUGGGCGUCAACGAGGUGGCGGGCCGCCGCCCCGGCGAGUGCAAGCUGGAGAACGCCGACUACGUCCUGUACUCGUCCGUGUGCUCCUUCUUCAUCCCGUGUCCCGUCAUGCUGCUGCUCUACUGCGGAAUGUUCCGCGGCUUGCGGCGCUGGGAGGAGGCGCGCAAGGCCAAGCUGAGGAGCAGCAUCCAGGCCUGCCGCAAGCUGCGGGAGGCCAACGCCGCAGCCGCCGCCGCCGCCGCCGCCGCCUCGCUCCCUCCUCUGGCCGGGCUGCCGCCGCUUCUGCCGCCCGUCAUCGAGCGGGAGGCCGACGCCGGCCCGACCGCGAGCUUCGCCCAGAUGAAGUUCACCCCCGAGCCCCGGCGGAGGAGCAGAGCGAAGAUCAACAGCCGCGAGAGGAAGGCCAUGAAGGUGCUGCCUGUCGUCGUAGGUGUGUUCUUGUUGUGCUGGACGCCGUUCUUCGUGCUGCACAUCGUGCGCGCCCGCUGCCGGACGUGCGAUAUCCCGCCCGCCGCCAUGAGCGUGGCCACGUGGCUGGGUUACGUCAACAGCGCGCUCAAUCCCGUCAUCUACACCGUGUUCAACGCUGAGUUCCGACGCUUUUUCAAAAACUUCCUGCGCCGCUGCUGCCACUUAUGCUGCCGCGCCACAUGAGCGGGACAUUUUUGGGUUGGUUUGUUUGUUUGUUUGUUUGUUUGUUUGUUUUGGGCUGGGUGGGGGAGGGUCCUGUCUGGACUUUGUUCUUUGCAAAGUUUGAAGCAGCAGAGUGGAACAAAACAGAUGUGCGCCGCACGCAGGAAUUUAUUUUCUAAAUCCGUCUCAUCUUUUCACAAUAAAAGCAUUUACCGUAACUUU